UCAUCCACAUCAACAAGCAACUACCUCACCACAAACACCAUUCACCAUGAUGAACACCCUUGUCUUUGCUCUUACCCUGGCCUCGGCCGCUUCCGCCGCCCCUCUUGGCCGCCGGGAUGAAUGCCAGGAUGCCUACAAGGCCUGCAUUGCGGCUGGCACCCUCGAGGUUGCUUGCUCCUGCACCCUGACCGCAUGCGUGGGCGAGGAUAAUGCUCGCAACCGCGAGUACUGUGCCAGUGCUACUGCAUCUCUCGCCGAGCCGACCCCGACUGAGAUCCCCGGUGGUUGCAACCCUGCCCACCCUGAGUCAUGUCCUUCUUCUUACUUCAUCUACGCCGAGCCUCCUACUUCCACUUCUUCUCAGACCUUGACCUCCAUCUCCGGUAUCCCUGGUGGUUGCAAUCCCGCUCAUCCCGGAUCCUGCCCCGACUCCUACUUCACCACCAAGACCGUGACUGCUACGGAGACCUUUACUUCUAUUCCUGGCAUUCCCGGAGGCUGCAACCCGGCUCACCCCGGAUCCUGUCCCGACUCAUACUUCACCACCAAGACUGUGACUGUCAAGGAGACCUUCACUUCUAUCCCCGGCAUCCCAGGAGGCUGCAACCCUGCUCAUCCCGGAUCUUGCCCUUCUUCCUACUUCACCUACCCCGUGGCCUCUACCACCGAUGCCCCUGCUGCUCAGACCACUGCUCCCGUUCCUGACUCCGGCACCUUCCCCAGCCCUAAGCCCGUCGACGGCAAGACGUGGGCCAUCAAGGAUAUGACUCGAUACUGCGGCGAGGGCAACGACGGCUGCGACUACAACUUCGUCAUUGAGGCUGACGGCAAGACCGAGCAAUGCACCAUCAUCCGCAUGCCCGGUUCUGAUGCUGCUACCGAGAGCUGGUCCACCCAACCCUGCACCGAAGGCUCCGAGUACAACGUUUCUUGGGGAUAUGUCACUGAGCCUGGCCCCGCCUUUGCGGUCGUCACUGUUGUCAAGGGCAAGGAGCUUGCUUGGUUUGGCGUCUCCAAUGUCAAUGGCCAGGCUGUUACUCCCUCCAACCCAUUUGGCUCUGGACAGUACGGAAACCUUGGCCCUGAGCAGGUUUAUACUUACUAAGGAUGUGUUCAUGCAUUAUGAUGGGAUUGAUAAGGAAAGUACAUAUGAUUAGACGAUGGAUAUAGUCACUCAUUCUAGUAAUGUUUUAAGUCAAUAUGGAGCAAAGUUUACCGCUGCAAUAUGGGGGCAUAAUAGAUAGUAUAAUAAAUAGUUUCCAGAUAUAGCAAAUUAAUUUAUAUAUAUGUCGUCGAGAAAUACAGCAUUAAAGUUACAGACGUAUGUUAUCUAAGUGUGCGGAAAGAGUGCGUGGAAAUGGGGGUCCCCGUCUUACACGACCAUCUCUUCCUAC